AUGUCUUCGCUUCAGCGCCGAGACCACAACCAGCUGUGGCUCGGGCUCUCCAACGACCGCUUCGACCAGUUCUGGGCCGUCAACCGCUCGCUCGCCGCGGCCGACACCGACUUCCGGUACAUCCCGUUCCGCGUGUACGCGCGCGACCUCUCCGUCCGCCAGAAACUCGUGAAACCGCGCACAGAGUCGGGCGCGGAGACGACGUUCGGCGAGUUGUGUGCUCUGGCGUUGGGGGCGGAGAAGGCGGCGGGACUGCGGUUAUUGGUGCACGGGAUCCGCGUGCCGCCGGAAACCCCGGUUCAGUGGGUGUCCCGGCAUCUCGCGCAUUGCGACAAUUUCGUGCACAUCUGCGCUCUCGAGACGUGA